AUGGAGGAGCUUGCACAAUCUUGGAAGCGUCUAUCCUUAUCAGAAAAGGAAGGACCGGGCUGUUGCCUCACUAAAGAAGAGAGUGUGCACCAAUUCUCUAUAGCUGCAAAAUUUACAACAGAGAGAGCCAUUAAUGUUGACUCAAUAGCAAGAACCUUUAACCCUUUGUGGAGGGCGAAGAAGGGAUUCAAAAUACAAAAGAUUGGAGAUCAUGAGAUGCUCCUUUCUUUCGAGACAAAGGAGGAUGUUGACAGAAUUCUAAGUAGCGAGCCUUGGAGUUUCGACAAGCACUUGGUCGUCAUGCAACGUUAUGAUCAUGAGCAACCUUUUCAGGACAUUAAGUUUGAAAAGACCACCUUCUGGGUGCAAGUCCAUGGACUUCCGAUGAAGUAUAUGACAGUUGCAGCAGCGAAAAAAGUUUACAGAGUCGUGGGAGAUGUUAUCAGCCAAUCUGAGCAGAAGCUUUACGAUGGGGGUCAAUUUAUUCAAGUGAAAGUUAUAGUUGAUGUUACAAUGCCAUUAUGUCGGGGUCGCCUUUUUUCUCUAAGCGAUAAUAGGCAGGUGUGGGUUUCAUUUAGGUAUGCAAGGUUACCGAAUCUCUGUUAUUGGUGUGGUAGCCUCUUACACGAUGAUCGGGACUGCGAGAGGUGGAUAGAAAGUGAAGGGACCCUUAAGGUUGAUCAAAGGGAGUUCGGACCUGGUUGA